AUGUCAAAUAAAAAGUUAUUUACAUCAGAAGAAGCUGCUCGCUACAUUAUAGAGGAAAUCCCUAGUGAAUUUAGUAAGGACAUUGAGUCAAGUGAUUCUGAAAAUGAAUUUAGAUCAGAUGCUCUAAAAUUACUGAAACCUAUCGAAAAUGAAUCAGAAAGUUCCAACGACUCAGAAAGUAGCAUGGAAGACAUCAGCAUUGACCGAGAGAAUUAUAAUGUUGACGAAGAUCGUAAAUGGACUAAAAAGACUAAAAACCAAAUUGAAACUCCAUUUUCAUCUUUCAAAGGCCCGGUCAAGGACCAUUUUGCUGAUUGUCAAAAUCCUAUUGAUUACUUUUUUUCUUAUUUUGACAAUGAAAUAAAACAGAACAUAAUUCAUCAAACCAAUCUAUAUAUAACACAAAACAUGAAGGCUACGAAUUAUUGUAUUUGUGAGUCUGAUUUGACAGUACCAUGUGCAUCAAGUGCUCUUCCAAGAAAUCGUUUCGCUCAAAUUCUAAGCAAUAUUCAUGUGAAUGAUAAUGCUGCUGAACCAAACGAUAAUAAAGACAAAUUGUACAAACUGAGACCAUUGAUUAACCAACUAAACUCAAACUUUGUUAAGCUAUACAAUGUAUCUCAAUGUAUUAGCAUAGAUGAAAGUAUGAUUCUCUUUAAGGGUCGGAGCAGUUUAAAACAAUAUAAUCCGAUGAAACCUAUAAAAAAGGGUGUUAAAUUGUGGGCCAUUGCUGACAUGGAUGGAUAUAUGUAUCAUUGUGAAGUUUAUCAAGGGAAAAACAAAAUUCACAGUGAUGAUUUAAUGCCUAAGCAUUUUGGAUUAGGAGCAUCAGUCGUGUACCAACUAACAAAGACUUUGCACGCAAAACAUCAUCAGGUCUAUUUUGACAACAUUUUUACCACUGUUCUAUUAAUGGAAUACCUAUUACAACAUAAAGUCUAUUGA